UUUUACAUAAAAUGAGAAUGAGACUUCGUACAUAUAAUUGUUUAAACCUCUUUACCCACCCCCAUAACCACUCCAAACUUCAAACACAUCAAAAGAGACGGUUCCUCUCCAUCAUCUCUCUCAAACACACUCUCGCUGUCUCUGUGUGAAAUCAACAAGGAGUAGCAUGGAUACGCGGCGAUUCGAUUACAAUCUUCUCAUCAUCACCGGAACACUUCUCUAUCUUCUCCAAUCAUCAUCGUCUCUCAAGAUCGGAGAAACUUGUUCCACAAGCAACAACAACUGCGAUUCCGGUUUGCGCUGCGGAACAUGUCCGGCGAGUGGCAAUACUCGCCCUAGAUGUGUUCGCAUUCAACCCCUCAGUCCUACUUCUAAGGUGAAUGGGUUGCCGUUUAAUCGGUAUACAUGGCUGACAACUCACAAUUCAUUUGCGGUUUCCGGCACAAAAUCGAUAUCCGGUGGAAUGCUUUUGGGUCCGGCUAAUCAGGAAGAUAGUGUUACAUCUCAACUACAAAAUGGGGUUCGAGGGCUAAUGUUGGAUAUGUACGACUUCAACAACGAUAUCUGGCUAUGUCACUCCUUCGGUGGCCAAUGCUAUAACAUUACAGCAUACACACCCGCGAUCAAUGUGCUACGAGAAAUCGAAAAGUUUCUGAAAGCAAAUCCAUCAGAAAUCAUCACAAUCUUCAUCGAAGAUUACGUUUCAUCCCCAAAUGGAUUAUCAAAGGUUUUCGCCGCAUCUGGUCUCAACAAAUACCAGUUUCCGGUGAAUCGGAUGCCUAAAAACGGCGGAGAUUGGCCGACGAUUACAGAUAUGGUGAAGCAGAAUCAACGAUUAAUCGUCUUCACUUCCAAAUCGGCAAAAGAGGCAUCCGAGGGAUUUGCGUAUGAGUGGACAUACAUCGUCGAAAAUCAAUAUGGACAGGAGGGGCAGAUUGCUGGUUCUUGCCCUAGUCGAUCGGAAUCUUCUCCGAUGAACACAACGUCGCGAUCUCUUGUUCUUCAAAACUACUUCUCGACUAAUCCUAAUGUCACCGGAGCGUGUAUUGAUAACUCUGCUUCGUUAAUCGCCAUGAUGAACACUUGCCAUUUAGCCGCCGGCAACCGUUGGCCGAACUAUAUCGCCGUUGACUUUUACCAGAGGAGUGAUGGUGGAGGUGCAUCGGAAGCCAUUGAUGUAGCCAAUGGACAUUCGACAUGUGGAUGCCUUAACAUUGCUUAUUGUGGGGUAAAUGGGACAUGUAAUACACCAGUGCUUUCACCGCCACCGCCAGCACAACUGUCACCUGGGGGUUCAAGCAGGUCGAGUGGAACCAGUUUCUCGAUUCACAAUGCGUAUCAACUACGAUGGCUUGUGGGUAUAGUUUUGUCAACAUGGAUCUUCAUAUCAUUAUAAGUUGUAUGUAUCUUUAAAGUAAUUUCACUCUUUUGUUUACUUGUUAAAUUCUUUUUGUAUUUCUCGGCUAAAAUACGUGCACACACUUGUAUAUGUCACUCACUCGUUGCUUAUGUUGUGUCGAGUUUUCUUUUUUAGUUUU